GGCACAUCUGCUCUCGGCAUCGCGCUGUAUACUCUGUCUCCGACAUAUAAAUGUCUAGAACCGUUUUUUUGACCCUUUGGCGUCCGUGUUUGUAUCCCUUCGCAGUUGGUUUUCCAGAGCUGGUGUCCCCGGUGUUCCUUUUGACUCAUGCAGUUCUUUCACCUUUUUGACAGUCUAAAUUCACCAUUUGUUUGCGCGUACCGGAAACGAUUUUUCAUUGGCGUUUUUGGCCGUUCCCAGUUUGUGUCUACGAAACAGCAUUUUAGCAUGAUGCCUAAGUUUGUCCGUGGCAGGGCGGCGCCGAUGCCAGAGACGCUUGAGGGAGUUAACAGUUCUUGUCCUGCGAAGACUUCGAACGGGUCACUUCCACAAUCAGUAGCACCAGCACCAAGUAACCCCGUAAAUGCGGAGAACCCACCGCCCCAGUCUGCGAUCGCCACCAUGGAGACACACUGUCGCGAGAAUGGCAGUGGAACCUUGUUGCAUCGGCACCGCAGUCACUUGGCAGACGAUGUUGACAUGGAAAAUCGACAUCGUCUAAGUCGCCAGCCAACGUUAUCGAUGUGUUCUCUGCCAGAACGUGUUGUGGAAUGCAAGUAUGCGGUGCGCGGCGUGACCGUGCGCCGUGCUCUGGAGCUGCAAGAGCAAUUAACAAAAUCCCCGAAUUGUCUUAACUUCAAAAAGUUGAUAUUUGCCAAUAUUGGGGAUCCGCAAGCUCUCGGACAACGACCCAUUUCGUUUUAUAGGCAGGUCAUGGCCUGCGUUAUGUAUCCGCCUCUGGUGGGUCUUCCUCUCGGUUGUAAUCGCGUAGAACUCGCUGAUAUUGAGCCGAAGAACGGACAGAAUACUUCGUUUGAAGAAAAUAACAGUUCAUCAGAGGAGCACACGCUCUUUGCUUUGGAUAUUGUGGCGAAGAGCCGGCGUUAUUUGCAGGCAAUGGGGUCAGUGGGCGCAUACACUCACUCUCAAGGCCAUCCUUUGUUUCGCAAAGAUAUUGCGGCAUGGCUGACGGACAGGGAUGGUGUUGCGACUGAUCCUGAUACCAUAUUCCUAACAGAUGGGGCGUCUUCCGGUAUUCGACUCGUGCUGGAGCUCCUUCUUCGUGAGCGAAGUGACGGUCUGCUGAUUCCCGUACCGCAAUAUCCUCUCUACGCGGGUCUCAUCGUUCGCCUUGGUGGACGUGUUGUCCCAUACUAUCUAGAAGAGGAGACAGGAUGGUCAUUCUCACUCUCUGCGGUGCGAGAAGCCAUGCAAGACGCAAAAAGGAAAGGCAUUUGCGUCAGGGGUAUCGUCGUCAUCAAUCCAGGCAAUCCCACUGGCACAGUUCUGACUGAAAAAGAAAUUCGCGAGAUUAUCAACUUCUGCGACACAGAACGCUUAGUCCUCUUGGCGGAUGAGGUGUAUCAAGAUAAUGUUUAUGGCAACGUGCCAUUCAUUUCUGCCAGAAAGGUGCUGCACCAGAUGGACGCGAAUGUAUCGCUUUUUAGUUUCCACAGCAGCAGCAAAGGACUCGUUGGAGAGUGUGGACUUCGAGGAGGCUUACUGCACGUGGACACGAUUACCGAGGAUGUCCGCCUGCAGAUGUAUAAGCUGGUCAGCAUGUUCAUGUGUGGAAACACCCUGGGUCAGUUGGCAAUUACUUGUGUUUGCACGCCUCCGAAACCAGGAGACGCUUCUUACGAACGUUUUCAGCGGGAGCGCCUGGCUAUCUACGACUCGAUGAAAUCCAAGGCUCAUCUGGUGUAUGAUCAGCUAAACCAAAUUGAAGGCGUCUCCUGCCAGCCAAUCGCGGGAGCUGUAUUUGGGUUCCCACAGAUCCGCAUUCCGCCAGGCGCCCUCAGGGAAGCUAAGAAAAAGGGUGUAGAGGCAGAUCUCCUGUUUUGUUUGGAGCUCUUGGAGGCCACAGGCAUCGUAACCGUGCCUGGUAGUGGAUUUGGGCAGAAACAUGGCACGUACCACAUCAGAAUUUGCAUUUUACCCCCGAAGCAUGUGCUUGUUGACAUGUUGGAAAAGCUUAAAGAGUUCUAUGCAAUGUUCGUAAAGAAGUAUUCCGAAUAAAUGGAAGCUCGAAAAAGACGAACGAACUUUCAUGCGGGGAUAGAUCUCGUUGAGUGAACUUCUCUAGAAUACCCUUACCUUUUGGCGUAUAAAGUAGUGACGUGAUCUUUCAAGCAAACGUGACGUUUUGGCGCAUCACCGCAGUGACUCUUUUUUCUACAAUUUUGGUAAUGCCUAUUUUGACAUUUUGCUUCUAAAGCACGUGAAAUCAUGUCCGUGCUUCUCUUGGGGAUACAAACGCAUCGUUUGCAGGCUGUUAUUGUGCACAGGCGGGACCGGCUCCGUAUACGGAAGCGAACACAGUGAUUGUUGUCAUGAAGCAGUCGCUAUACGCAGAGUGCAAGGCUCAAUUCGUGACGCCUGCCUCCAUAUUUUUACAUCGGAAAUUAUGUCGCUUGAGACGGUCUCAGUCGCGUACAAUGACUUGCCACACUGUUAAAUUGUACCAUAAAAUCUACAAGUUCUGUGUGACAAGGCGCCAUUCGGUUUUCCUUUCACUAUGUGCGCAGUUUUUACCUGAAUCGUCAACUGGGUUGUAAUUUUGUGGGUUAGGGGUUGUUUGCAGUCAUCAUUUGACCGCGCGGCUGGGUGUUCUUGGCAAAUAAGAAACUGCAGGUGUAUGCAGAACUAUCUGAUAUCGCCAAGGUUAAACAGCGGUCCUUUUUCUCUUGCGAUAAAUAUAUGAGGCUUC